AUGGAGUAUCCUGAUCCAGACACGAUACGGAUCUUAGUUACUACAGACAAUCAUGUUGGGUACAACGAAAAUGAUCCCAUCACUGGUGAUGAUUCUUGGAAAACUUUCCAUGAAGUUAUGAUGCUAGCCAAAAACAACAACGUAGACAUGGUCCUACAGUCAGGAGAUCUUUUCCACGUGAAUAAACCUUCCAAGAAAUCACUUUAUCAAGUACUAAAAACCUUAAGAUUGUCUUGCAUGGGCGACAAGCCUUGUGAGUUAGAAUUGUUAAGCGAUCCCUCACAAGUUUUCCAUUACGAUGAAUUUAGCAACGUUAAUUAUGAAGAUCCUAACUUUAAUAUUUCCAUUCCAGUUUUCGGUAUAUCAGGUAAUCAUGAUGACGCAUCAGGAGACUCACUAUUAUGUCCUAUGGAUAUACUUCAUGCAACUGGCCUAAUAAACCAUUUUGGGAAAGUAAUUGAAUCUGAUAACAUAAAAGUUGUGCCAUUAUUAUUUCAGAAAGGGUCUACUAAGUUAGCAUUGUAUGGGUUAGCUGCUGUUCGUGAUGAAAGGUUAUUUAGAACUUUUAAAGAUGGUGGUGUCACUUUUGAAGUACCGACUAUGCGUGAGGGAGAAUGGUUCAACUUAAUGUGCGUCCAUCAAAACCACACUGGUCAUACUAAUACUGCAUUUUUGCCUGAACAAUUUUUGCCUGAUUUUCUGGAUAUGGUGAUAUGGGGCCACGAGCAUGAGUGCAUCCCGAACCUUGUACAUAAUCCAACAAAGCGUUUUGAUGUGCUACAACCUGGUUCAUCUGUGGCCACUUCUCUUUGUGAGGCUGAAGCGCAACCUAAGAAUGUGUUUAUUCUCGAAAUAAAAUAUGGAGAACCACCAAAAAUGACCCCCGUGCCCUUGGAGACUGUACGAACAUUCAAGAUGAGAUCCAUUUCACUUCAAGAUGUUUCCCAUUUGAGGCCUCAUGAUAAGGAUACUACGUCCAAGUACCUCAUCGAACAAGUUGAAGAAAUGAUUGACGAAGCUAAUGAAGAAACUAAACAAAAACUUGGAGAGGGUGCUGAAGGUGAUGACAUGGUCUCGGAAUUACCGAAACCACUGAUAAGAUUACGUGUUGACUAUGGUGCACCCUCUAAUAAGCAAUCCCCAGUAGAUUAUCAGGUUGAAAACCCGCGUAGAUUUAGUAAUCGAUUUGUAGGACGUGUGGCCAACGGUAACAACGUUGUCCAGUUUUAUAAAAGAAGGUCACCUGUUACUAAAUCAAAAAAGACUGGUAUAAACGAAGUAAAUAUCAGUGAUAGAGAUGUUGAGAAACUUUUUAGUGAGAAUGGUGGUGAAUUAGAAGUUCAGACUUUGGUUAAUGACCUUUUGAACAAGAUGCAGUUAUCUCUACUACCGGAGGUAGGUUUAAACGAAGCAGUAAAAAAAUUUGUAGACAAAGAUGAGAAAACGGCACUCAAAGAAUUUAUUAGCCAUGAAAUAUCAAACGAAGUGGGUAUAUUAUCUGCUAAUGAUGAUUUUCUAAGAACAGAAGAUACAGAGGAAAUGAAGGCACUAAUAAAGCAAGUUAAACGAGCCAACUCAGUUAGACCAGCAGUUACCAGGGAAAAUGAUGAUCCAAGUCCCUCUUCUAAUCGUAACAGGCUAAAUUCUUACCAGUCUAGUAAUCGACAAUUAAGGAAUGUGCCUUCAGAUAUUACUCAAUCCUACGUUGAUAAUGAGUCUCGAAUGACCAGUACCAAUGAACUUGAAAGCAACAAACAGACGAAUAAAACCAAACGUGAACGAACCACAAUGAAAAAGAAAAAUGCUUCUCUUCCAGAUUCAAUUUUUGUCUCUAAUACAGAGAAUGGAUUUGAGGAUAAUAAUAGUGCUCAGCCAGACGUUGAUAUUGAUGAGGACGAUAUAAUCAUGGUCAGUACUGACGAAGAAGACGCUAGUUACAGUAUAACUAAUGAUAAGAAAACGAAAACGAGAAGUCGUCCGCUUGCGAGCACCAAAACCUCUACCAAGAGGGGUAGAGGAAGAGCAACAAGGACACCAAAGACAGAUAUUCUUGGAAGUCUCCUUGCUAAGAAAAGAAAAUAA